CUGUCAAAAAAAACAUAACUUCAAAUUACACAAAAAAAUAUUCACAAAUCGAUUGUUGAAAAUUCUCCUGUUUUAUUAUCAUUUAAUGUAGAAUUUAUAAAUGAAGUAGCAAGCAGCAUUAAUAGUUAUUACAAUUUUAAGUGCACAAUGAUCAAAGCGAUUCUCGUGUUCAACAAUCAUGGGAAACCUAGGUUAUCCAAGUUCUAUCAAUAUUUCAAUGAAGACAUGCAGCAGCAAAUAAUAAAGGAAACAUUCCAGCUGGUGUCCAAAAGAGAUGACAAUGUUUGCAAUUUCUUAGAAGGCGGCAGUCUUAUAGGUGGUUCCGAUUAUAAGUUAAUCUACAGGCACUAUGCUACACUAUAUUUUGUGUUCUGUGUGGAUUCUUCUGAAAGCGAACUUGGAAUAUUGGACCUUAUACAGGUAUUUGUAGAGACACUGGACAAAUGUUUCGAGAAUGUGUGCGAAUUGGACCUGAUCUUCCAUGCGGAUGCUGCUCACCAAGUCCUGGAUGAGUUGGUGAUGGGCGGCAUGGUUCUGCAGACCAACAUGGCUGAUAUCCUCUGUCGGCUACAGGAACAAAACAAGAUGCAAAAAGCUGAGGCGGGUAUAUCGGCGGCCCCCGCUCGGGCGGUGUCAGCCGUCAAGAGCAUGAACCUUCCGCAGCAACUACGAGACAUGCGCCUGCCAGACCUGCCACAGGCUAUUAAGGCGUACCCCGCCUCUCCCGUCGCCAUAGCAACCAACAUCCUAAACACGAUAUACCCACAAAACGAGAAAUACCAGAAUCUUCAACGCACAGACACAGUUACCAACAAAUUCUUCGGAUCCGAGUCACUAAGCACCAAGUUUUCCGAAACGUUUUCCGAAAACUACCAACAGACGGAGGGGAUCAAUUUUCCGAAUUAUGAAACUCAUAAGUCCGACGGUUACCAAGAUUUGAGUGGCACAGUGGAUUGCAACUACGCGGAUCGGCGGAAAAGGAAGAAGAAGAAGAGUAAACAUUGAUUACUUUGUCACUUUGCAUAAUUCCGCAAAGUCUUAAUUUGCAAUAAGUCCCAUUGAAGAGAAGUUUUGCCUUUGCAUUUUUUGUUUCCAUUAUCAUAUACGAUACUGCAUAAAUCACUAUAGUUUGGUCAAGAUUAACUCACAAAUCCAACGGUUUUCAAGAUCUGAGUAGUACUUACAGAAUUACGCAAGUCAGCGAAAAAGAAAAGUAAACAUUGACUACUUUGCAUAAUUCCGCAAAGUCGCUUAAUUUGCAACAGGCCGCAUUAAAAACUAGUGUCGUCUUUGCAUAAUUUCGUUCCAUUAAUAAGAAUAACGAUAAGUUAAUUUAACUGAAACGAUGAAUUUCAUUAUGUGCUUUGCUCUAUCUCGCAUUAAAAUUCCUAAUUUGUAAUAGUUCUCAAAUCUCUAUAAAUGAACUUUUUUUUUUAACAUUUCUGCCAUGUUCCUCAUAAGUUAGGUUCAAAAGAACUUGUAAAAGUCUAAUUUAAUAAAAAUAAUUUGAAUUUGAGUUAGCAAAUUCAUCAGCUAAUACUGAUACAUAUCGUUUUUGCAUAAUUUCGUGUUCUAAUUCAUAUGAUAUAUUUUAUAAUAAACUAGAAAAUGCCCGCGACUCCGUCCGCGUGGAUUUAGGUUUUUUGAAAAUCCCGUAGGAACUCUUUGAUUUUCCGGUAUGUA